AUGGCGAGCGAUCCGUCUCCUACCCUAGUCUUGAACGUGACGGUGAACGUGUACGCGUUCGACACCGUCCUCGGCUACGUCACGCAAAUGGAGCCGGCCGGGGACAUCAUCACCACCGCGACGUUGUGUCUUUUGCUCGUCUUGGCCUCUGCGGCACUCUAUCUCCUGAUGCAAGGUGUCGGCCGACUGGAGAUAAAGAUGCUCAUUGCGUCCGUCACGACUUUGUAUGCGUGCGCGUGGGCAUACUGCGCCCUCACCGCGGCACGAUAUAUCAUCGACCGCAACAUCAUAGCCGCGUUCGCACGGAAGGUGUUCUCCACGGAUAACACCCUCGUCACUGUUGAGUCCAGUGUUGUCUCAAUCAAAAGGAUCGACUUCGCAAGCACGAUGAUGUUCACUAUCGCUAUGAUCAUCAGCGAUGCGGUCGUCUGGUGGCGUGCAUGUGCAGUCUGGCCGGGGAAUCGCAUCGUCCUCGCACUCUGCGUCGUCUCCAUUCUGGCUAGUUGUGCGAUGGGACUUGCGUCUGUGGCUGUGUCUACACUCGUUCAAGACCAGGUGUUGUACUUCUUCGGAAACAACUACGGCACGGCCGCGGUCACUCUGUCCCUCGGGACGAACGUUGUUGCGACUUCGCUUAUCGGAUACAAAGCCUGGAAACAUUGGCGCGCACUUCGCACACACCUUCGUGACGGCAAGUCGGCGCGGCGCGUCCUCAGAAUCUUGGCGCUUCUCGUUGAGUCGGGAGCUGCCUACUCCAUUCUCCUGCUAUUGAUCUCGGUAUGGCAAGGACAUCAGUCGAUGGUACAGGCGGGCAAGGCGACAUACGCCCACUGGCCGUUAUGGCUCGCGCUCGACUACCUCUUGACUGGCUGCCUGGCCCCCCUGAUCGCGACGUACCCGAUCCUCAUCGUUGUCCUCGUCUCGCUCGACCUGUCGCUCCAGCACGGGCUCAAUGCCACUCAGCCCCAACACAAGCUCGAGCACACCCCGUACUCGUCUCUCUCGCGCACGCCCCGGUCUCCGCCGCUGUUGCCUACGCUCGCGUCGAGCGACUUCGGAACGCUCAGAAGGGACUCGCUCAUGAAGUUCGCGCAGGAGGAGAUGGAGAACGUCGAUGUGAUCUGGAUCAGGCGGCGAUCCCACGAGGGAGACGGCCACGAUGGCGGCGAUGGCACCGUCGAGCACGAGGCGAGGGAAGUUUGA